AUGGCGCAUCCAUCAGAAAACGAUGCGUUGGCCUUGCAGUUUUCGAAGCCCAGGAUUGUCUGCUCUUGCUUGGAUGCUCUUUGUGAACUAUGGGAUGACGCAGUGAAGGCCAUGAGCUAUGUGGUCGACACUGUCAAUGCUGCGCUUCUGACCGAUGCUGGGUGGAUUCUCUCCACCAGCGCUAUUGUGAGUGCUUUGUCUCCGCUUGCAUGCCCGAACAGCCACGGCGUCCUGUUGGGUUCUGUUGCUUUGAGUUUUCAGUUUUCGACUUCGCUGGCGUGCUUCGCUGCCGGGAUUACCUGCAUCAGCUGUGUGGUUAUUGGCUCGGAGGCCAAUUCCUACACGAGGGAAGAGCAGAAGAUUACCAGGCUUCCCUACAAAGUUCUGCUUCUCUCAUCCCUGUGCCAGCUGUGCUUCUUGGGCUUUCCAAGCCAUUUGCAGCUGCUGGCCCUCCAAAUUCCCACUGCUUCGCCGCUCCUGAGCCUCCGCUGUUUCCAGGACCUUCUCAUACUUCCACUUUGGCUGCGGGCUUUGGGUCACAUCAGCGGCCACAGCUCCUCCGUGGCGCAAUGGACCAG